UUAACACACAGAACAUGUUACAUGACAGAUGAUGCAAGAAAGAAGCUAUUAGAUUGGUCAAGGCGUUUUCAAAUUAUUUGUGGAAUUGCUAGGGGACUUGUCUAUCUACAUCAAGAUUCUCGAUUGAGGAUCAUUCAUAGAGAUCUCAAAGCAAGCAAUGUUUUGCUUGAUGGUGAAAUGAACCCCAAAAUUUCAGACUUCGGCAUGGCUAGAACAUUUGGAUGAGAACAAUCUGAGGGCAACACAAGGCGAGUGGUUGGAACCUAUGGUUAUAUGGCCCCGGAAUAUGCCAUUGAUGGGCUUUUCUCCGUAAAAUCUGAUGUUUUCAGCUUCGGUAUAUUGUUGCUGGAGAUAAUAAGUGGGAAGAAGAGUAAAGGUUUUUACCAUCUCAACCAUAGCCUUAACCUUAUUGGACAUGCAUGGAGAUUGUGGAAAGAAGGAAAUGCUUUACAACUGAUUGAUUCAUCUGUGCAAGAAUCUUGCACUCAAUCUGAAGUAUUAAGGUGCAUCCACAUUAGUCUCCUUUGUGUUCAACAACAUCCUGAAGACAGGCCGAGUAUGUCAUCUGUGGUUUUGAUACUGGGUAGUGAGAUAGCACUGACACAACCCAAAGAACCCAGCUUCCUUUUUGACAAUCAAUCAUUUGAAAUAGAUUCCCCAUUCGGCAAGCCUGAAUCAUCUUCAACCAAUCAGCUUAGCCUCACAGUGUUGGAGCCUCGAUGAAGGUUUACUUGAAGACUACGUGCCUGGUGCUGCGAAGGUUGCAUACUGAAAUGGUGUUCAGGAGUGCAUGCCAAAUAUAACUCUAUUAUUUAUACCAAAUGAUGAUACCUAUCAUGUUUGCUUUAGAUUUGAGAGUUCAUUACUCAACAUAGAUCUGUGAGUUACUUAUCUUGUAUUUUAAUUGGAGUAUUAAGAUAGCUAAUUUAUCAAUCCUCUACCCUUCUGUAGUUGAAUAUUCCUUUUUCCACUUCUGCACAUUCAAAUUUCACUGCCAGACGAGAAAUGCAGGCUUAU